AUUUACCAUUGUCAACAUUUUGACAUGUGACAUUUAUUUAUUCUUCGAGUUAGAUCGAUUUAUUGUUUUAAUAAUUCAUAGUGAGAAAAACUGUUGUGAUCAAUAAGUAUAGGAGAAGAACCAAACGUUUUAUGUAUAAAGUUUAAGCUACCAUUAUAAUGGCCAAUAAGGAAGACGAAGAAACGUUUCAAGAAGACGACGUCUACAUCAACCCCGAAGAUGGUAUGCCUAACAUUCAUCCUAAUAUAGCGGACUUAGAACAAGAUGCAGAUUCUCAGGACGAGUUGAAUGAUUUCGACGACUUACCUAAAUCUGUGAUCGUAACAAAUAUUCAUAGUGAUGUGUUCGGCGAUGAGAAAUUGAAGAAGGAAUUGGAGGAUCUGUUUCGUACAUUUUCGGAUAAUACAACGUUUCAGUGGUUGCGAAGUUUUAAACGCUUACGUGUUAAUUAUGACAGUCCAGUAGCGGCGGCGAACGCUCGCGUGCGCCUCCAUCAAUUCCCGUUUUAUAAUUCGUCGAUCAAUUGUUAUUUUGCACAACCAGUGACGCCUAUUUCUUUAAAAAACCUGCGUCCGCCGGCUCCCGUCAAACAGUAUCUGAUUUCACCCCCUGCAAGUCCACCAAUAGGCUGGGAGCCACGGGAAGAAGGAGAGCCUAUCGUGAACCCUGACCUACUGGCUGCAAUAGCCAGCCUUGCUCCGGGUGAGAGCCAUGAACUGCACGCGCCUACACCGACCCAGCCAGCCAUAGUCGUGCACACUGCUUUAUCCUCUGAGACCAAUACUCCAAAACUCGGCCCAAUGCCUCAUACAUGUUGUCCUGAAUAUUGAUAUGCCUUGUUAUGGAAUGUAGAAAUUUAUUUUUAGAAUAGAUGUUUAAAAAUGCUUUUAUUCUAUCACAUGUCAGUUUUUAAUGACACCAGUGAUGCCAAAGAGGAAAUUGCUAAACUUAUUUUAUAAAUUGUUGUAUCAAAUUUUAGGCUGAUGUUUGUUGAACAGACAGUUUUAUAUCACUAAUAAUAAUGAUAGGCUUACAUAGAUUGGCUUAUUAGUUUGUUAUAAUUUUGACAAGUAAAGUAUUUCUAUAUUAAAUUGGUGCUAUUUUUUGAAAAUUUAACAUUGCUUACGUUUGUAAACAUAUUUUAGAAUAAAGUGAAAAAUCUUUGUAGUGAUCAUAAAUAGAUCCUUAUUUGUUUAUGGUGCGGUAUGCAGGGAAGCAAUAAUUUGAUUUACUGUGUUUAAAAUAAAACAUAUAGUUGAUUUAAAAAAUCAGUAUAUUUGGGCUCGCUUUUAUAUUAUUGUGUUUUUAUGAGUUCACAGUCAUACUACUUGAAAAAGUUGUAUCACCAAUCUUCUUAAUUUAAUCAUUUAUGUAUAAAAAGUACUUAAUGUGUACAAGCUAACUCAUUUAAAAUAAUUUAUAUACCACUAAAUGUAUAUGUUUUACUUUAUACUUUGUGGCGAAUGUAAUUUAUUUUUGUGGAAAAAAAUUACUAUUUACUCAACAUUUUAAAUAUACUUGUUGCUCUGAAGUCUACUCUCUGAAUAUUCAUGAGUAAUUUUGAUUACAGUGUAGCUUAUGUGCAUUGUGCAAUCUUUGCAACCAAAUUCAGCAUGACAAACUUUGAUUUUAACAUUAUUGACACAUUGUACCUAAUAGAUUUAUAAUUUUUACUUACAGUACUUUUCUUGCAUAUCAAGUGAUUUUGCUAAAAUAACAUAGCAGCCAGUAAAAUAAUGAUUAUGUUUUAAAUAUUUCUGCCCAUUUUUAACCAACUUUCAAAAGGAGUAGGUUCUACGUUAGGAAGUUCGUUCAUUUUGUACUCACCACUGUGCCGCUCAGAAAUGAUGACAUAGUGUUCAGAGUUAUUUUAUGAUAUAGUAACAGCCUUCUAAGUGUUAUUCAUGUUGGUUUAUUUCACAGGUAAUUUUUGUUCAAGGGCUUGUAGUCUAAAUGAUUUCACAAACAAAAGUAAUAGUACACCCUGUAAUUUAAUUACCAGUAGGUAUUUCACUAAUAGCUUUGUUUGGUAAAUAGUUACAUUAAAAACCAUUUAUGUGUAAAACGAUGUUUAUUUUGUAGACUAUUAUGAAUUUCUAGUGAUGAGAAAAUUAUUAAAAAUAUGAAUUAUUUAUAUGAAGCCCACAUAAGUGACUUAUAAUUAUUUGAAUAGGUUUUUUUUAAAUUAGUUUAUUCAAAAUAGAUGUACUAUUAAUCUAUGUGUAUGUUAGUUUUAUUCAGGGACUUUUGUUUCUUUUCCUGAUUUCAAUGAACAUCUAUAAGUUUUUUCAAUCUACAAAACUUAAAUGUUUUUUUUAUUAGCUAACUGUAAAUUGGUCAAUGAAUUUUUGAGUGAUGCUUGAACAAACAAAAACUUUGAAAGCAGCUUGUAGUCUGGUGCAACUAUAAAGUCGAAUAAUGUUUUUUUUCAUUUACUUACUAGAUUUAAUAUUUUCUAAGAAUGUUUAUUGACCAUAGAUUAACUAUAGAGACUAUAGAGAGCAGAUACUAUGAUUUAUGUUGUUGAAGAUGGUUUUAGGUAUUUAUUAUUAUAUUUUAAUUAAUUAUUAUUAUAGUUCCUUACCCACUCUUACUUUUAACUUUAACCAUAUUUUAUACCUUAGUUAUUUAUUAUCUAGUUGAUAUUUUAUUUUAACUGUAUAUUUCUAUAAUCUAAAUCAUUUGAACAUGUUUUUCUAUUAUCUAUACCUAUUUUAAUAUAACAAUUUAACUUGCUAAGACUGGCAGUCCAUUCAAAUUAAUCAAUCAAAUUAUUGUUUGAUUGUUUGACACUGUUAAACCUUGUUGAAUGUAUGCCUAAAAGAAAUGGUUAAGCUACAUAACUGAAUUUACAAACAAGGUUUUUAGAGGGCAUUGGAAAUGAUCAAACGUGUUUGACAAAUUUGCUUGUCAAACUCAACCUUUUCAUGUUUGUUUGAGUUUGACAAACGCCGCAGACGAUCAAAUUGUUUGACAAAACGUUUGAUUUGACGAAAUGUUUGAUUGUUUACAGGUUUCUUUGACAUUUAAAAAAUUUGGCCGUUUCCAAGACACUUACUACAUAAGUACAAGUUAAUUUUACGGAACCUUGGUUAUUUCAUUUUAUUACUUUUUUACGGCUCAUUCGUGUUGUUUUAUUUUAUUGUUUGUACUUACUUACUUUCAGUCGAAAACCUAUAAGGCACCCUGUUAACGAUCAAACAUGUUUGACAAAAUAGCUUGACUUUUUACUUGAUAAACAAAGCCACAGACGAUCAAAUUGUUUAACAUACACGUUUGACUUAGCACAAAGUUAGAUCGUUUACGGGGUACAUAAUGUGUUCGGAAGCUGUGCUUCGAUAAUAUCUUAUAGAUAUACUAUUUUCGGAAGACAGUUUGGUUUUGGUUGUAGAUGAUAGAUAAAGAUGUUUAGAAUGACGCAUUUGCGUAAAUGAGCGACAGCAAAGCAGAAACAUGAACAUAAAAUAUAUCUGUCUGUGACGCGCAAACCGUAUUUUCCGAAAACAGGUUUCGAUGUGACAGGGUUCCCCCGGCAUCACUAAAUAAGUUAACAAUAUGUUUCUACUUGCUGAGGUACUACACCUAAGUCCAAACAGUUUUCCUGGUGUAAAAUAAUUAUACCUGUAUAUAGUUUAGUUGAUGCUCGUAACAUCACAAAAACAGAAUACGUAUGUAAUUGUUUUGAAACUUUAGAAAUACCUAAAUCACCAGCUACCAUUAAGUAUUAAACUAAGUAAAGAACACUAAUCGAGCUGCGUAUUUUCGUAAAGGGUCCUGUAUACGAUCAAACUUUUCGUAAAAUCAAACGGACUUGUCAAACAAUUUGAUCGUCUGCGGCUUUGUUUAAGCGUUUGUCAAACAUGGCUUGAUUGUAAAGUCAUGUUUGACAAGAAAGUUUGUCAAACAUGUUUGAUCGUUGACGGCGUGCCUACAUUAUGUCACCUAAACACGGAUGUAGCGGCUUGUUGAAGAGACUUGAUAGGCAAGAUCACAUAUCACGAUUCAUUGUCAACGUCACCACUAAAUGAGUAUGUAAUAGAAUAACCCUUUGAGUAUGUAAUAGAUACAAAAAAAUUAACGAUGAUUAUCGACACAACUACCUCGUUGGUCCAAUGUGACUUCGGAUCAUGAGAUUUUGAAGUCGAAUUCUGGGCCGAGCUAUGAAAUAUUGAGGUUUUCUUUCCUAGAAAUCGUGGUAUCUUGACAAUGAACAUCUUGCACGCUUCCACUCACAGUUAGCGUUACAAGUAAAGGCAAAAUCUCAAGGCGUAGUCCUGGAGCCCUAGGGUACCUACGCGUAGGUAAAUAUUUCGUGACCUCAGACCAAUUACUUUUGGACUUGUAGCGCACUCAAAUUCACCAACAAAAUUGUCUGUCGUUUUUUGAGGGGGGCGAUGAAAACUCGCACAUCGAAAAUAUUUAACACCGAUAAGUGUGUCCUGUGUCAUCAUAUACUUUUGACAGAGGGGUAACGUCCAGCGAGGCAGGUCCUAUGGUAAUUGGUCUGAGCUCGUGACGAAUGAGAGAUACUCUACCAAUAUCGUCGAAAAUAUCGCUUCGAUUGAAUGAGCGAUAUUUUCGUUUACAGCGCUAUUGGUCGAUAAAAUCCUCUCCUCACAAGGUCGCAGGUCUACAGCAAAAUUAUAGAAGUAGGGUAGUACUUUAUAAAUGUUUUAAUUGUAUUAAAAAAUACUUUAAUGUGACGAUCUCGAAAUCGAGUACGAUUAUAAUUGACAGCUUUUUACAAUCGAGCAUGUCUAUUAACUCUUAAUAUUUGUGAAUCGUUGUUGUUUCUGAAAAUUAUUAUUAUUAUUAUUACACUAUUCACCAACUCUUACUAUAGACUGCAUCGUAAAAAAUAAUUUAACGGACUUUUAAAAACACAAAAAUGUAGGUACCGUGCCCGUGGAGUUGAUUUAAAGAAGGCCGUUUCUGAAAGGUUUUAAAGACAAAAAAUUGUCUGAAAUCCCUCUAAAUCUUUAUGAUAUAUACGGUAUUUAGACAUAUUAUAUAAAAAAACGCCACGCCUGUCUGUACGUAUGUGUCUGGCUGCUUGAGAUAAGUAGGUGCUGAAAGAAUUUUCAUGCGGGUUCCACCAAUCUGCUAUACACUACAAGGCCUUGGAAAAAAUUUACCUGUGAAAUGAACCAACGUGAAUAACGUUUAGAAGGCUGUUACUAUAUCAGAAAAUAACUGACCACUAUGCCGUCACUUCUGAGCGGUAUUCCAUUCACAGUGAAUGGAAUAUCUCAGGUACAAAUGAGGAAUUACGACUAAUGUGUGAAUAGAUGUUUAAAAAUAAAUGUCGAAAACCUAGUGUCGUACAAAAGAGAUGGUGCUGGAAUAAGAAAUCAGUGCAAAUUGCUAAUUCGCCGAUAAUUUCAGAAGCAAUAUAGGUCAUUUAUUACUUUACGGCAUUUGUGUAUUCCUUUUGUACACAUAUACAGAUACUUUACCCGUAAACGCCGUACAUAUUUCCAGCACACGGGUCGAAACCUUAUCUCUACACCCAUAUGAUAUGGGCAUUGUAAAAUGUAUCAUGUUCAAAAUAUUAUUUAACACGGACAAUAAUGUUUAAUAAUCAUGCCGCCUAAAAAUUAUAGUUAGAACUUGUUUAAAUAAAUAAUUAUCGAAAUGUACCGCUCAGAAAUGAGGGCACAGUGCUCAGAGUUAUUUUCUGUUAAAGUAACAGCCUUCUAAGCGUUAUUCACAUUGGUUUAUUUCAUAGGUUAAUUUUGUCCAUGGGAUUGUAGUCUACUAGUAGGUAUUUCAUAUAUUAUGUAUGUAUUAGGAUAUUUUUAUUUAUGAAUAGGUACGUAUCGAAGUUCUGUGCAGCCAGCCAGCCAGAAGACUUCUACAGCAAGAUUUUGUGGAUAGUGUAACUUCUAAAUCUAAUAUUAAACUUACACUAGUUUAUAACUAUCUCAAUCGUCGUUUUAAUCUCACUGUGAUUUCAAUGUUUAUUGUUUGUUGUAAAUAUAUUAAAUGAUAUUGAGUUUUUA